GGGAGCGGGAGCGACGACGACGACGACGGGCGGUGGCGGUGGCGGCGGCGACCAGGAAAUACUGGAAAGUUUCAGCUCCAUGUGUUCCAACAUAGCCGGAUGAAAUGUUGGUGCCAAUGCAGCUCGUGUAUCCAGCGCUAAGAAACAGAGAGGCACGCCGAGUGUGUGCCACAGUUUGCCACCAUUGCAGCCUCCAAAACUGUCUCUCUACUCAAACUGGCCGACAUACAUCAGGCAGAUCCCUGCUGAAGGCUUUUCCGAGUCCCUUCCUCGGAUCAUGCAACCCGGUGAUCCAUUUGAGGAAUUACAGGGCCACGGUUGCGCAGUUUUACAGCCUCACCCCUCCUCAGGUGAACAGCAUCUUGAAGGCGAAUGAGUACAGUUUCAAGGUACCAGAAUUUGAUGGGAAGAACGUCAGCCCUGUCCUGGGUUUCGACACGAACCAGUUACCAUCCAAUUCUCCAGUUGAAGAUCGGAGAUGUGCGGCCACGUGCUUGCAGUCCCGAGGCAUGCUGUUGGGCGUGAUAGACGGACACGCAGGGUGUGCCUGUGCACAGGGGGUUAGUGAACGACUCUUUUACUAUAUCGCCGUUUCUCUGUUACAUCAUAAGACCCUGUUGGAAAUAGAGAAUGCAGUGGACAAUGGCCGGGUUGUGUUGCCGCUUUUACAAUGGCACAAACACCCCAAUGAUUACUUCAGUAAGGAGGCUUCAAAAAUGUACUUUGAUAGUCUGAGAACCUACUGGCAGGAGUUAUUAGAUCUCCACACAGAGGAAACGCACGAUACAGUGGAAGCGCUGAUAAAUUCCUUCAAGAGACUUGAUAGCGAUAUGUCGUUGGAAGCUCAAGUUCCCAACGAUAACUCUUUUCUGAAUUACUGGCAGUUGCAAGUGGCAUUUUCGGGCGCGACGGCCUGCGUGGCGCACAUAGACGGAGUAGACUUGUACAUUGCCAAUACUGGCGACAGCAGGGCGGUGCUGGGUGUUCAGGAGGAGGAUGGAAGCUGGUCUGCACUAACGCUCUCCAACGACCAUAAUGCACAAAAUGAGAGCGAGGUUGAAAGGGUUAAAUCUGAACACCCGAAAUCUGAAGCAAAAACCGUCGUCAAACAGGAACGCUUGCUGAGCUUGCUAAUGCCGUUUAGAGCAUUUGGAGAUGUUAAGUUCAAAUGGAGCAUUGAGCUGCAAAAGCGGGUACUUGAGUCUGGCCCAGAGCUAUUGCAUGAAAAUGAAUGUACAAAAUUUAUCCCACCUAAUUACCACACUCCCCCGUACCUAACAGCUCAACCUGAAGUCACUCACCAUAAAUUACGGCCUCAGGAUAAAUUCCUUGUAUUGGCCACAGAUGGACUGUGGGAAAUAUUGCACAGACAGGAGGUUGUGAGAAUAGUUGGGGAACACCUAACUGGUGUCCACCUCCAGCAGCCUAUUACUGUGGCGGGCUACAAAGUGAGCCUUGGUCAGAUGCACGAACUGUUAAUGGAGAGAAGAGCUCGUGUUUCAUCCGCAUUUGAGGAUCAAAAUUCUGCAACUCAUCUCAUACGGCAUGCCGUUGGUCACAAUGAGUUUGGGGCCAUCGAUCAUCAGAGGUUGUCAAAAAUGCUGAGUCUUCCUGAAGAUCUGGCACGAAUGUACAGAGAUGAUAUAACUGUUACGGUGGCGCAGUUUAAUUCUCACGUUAUCAAUACACAUUACAAGCAUAAUUCAGAAAGCUAAAGUUCAUGCUGUCAAGUGUUCAAAUGCAAAGGAUGAAUAGAGUGUGCUUAAGAUUUUACUUUGAGUUUAAGCAUCUGAGCAAUUUGGUAAUUAUUUAUAAACUUUUGGAGUCUAGAAGCCAGAACUAGGUAGUGGCUGUUCAUAUUUAUAGGUUAUUUCAAAAGUUAUGGACGAUUAUAAGCUGACUGCUUAUUAUUAAAUAUUCAGCUCUGUAUGAAAUUCAAAUUAGUUUGAGUGUAAUCAGGCACAAUUAAAUUUUAAUUAUGAUGAUGUUAAUGGCCUGAUUUGUGUAAGAGUACGAAAUGUGGAGCGUGGAAAUGGAACAGUUACUGUUUGCUUGCCUGUUUAUUUCAGUUUAGAUAUCUUUAUUCGUUGAUUUGAACUUAAAUAUAAUUGCAAGUUGAUUUGAGGUAGCCUCUGAAGGGUGCUCUGCCGUUUAAACUUAUCCGUAAUAAUUAUUCAUGCCAUCUUUAGACUUUUGUUUUGAAGCGUUCAGUUCAGCAUAUUAUGUCAAGGACAGCCACUGACCCUGCAGAAAAUUAUGAUAUCUACCAAACCUUUUUGUGGGAAGAUAUGUAUAAUUUGGAACUUUACAGUGGUAUAUUGAAAAUAAUGUCCUUUUUUUUUCAAACUAACGUCCCAAGAUUUAGCAUAAAUUUAAUAGGGGAAUAAGACGAGGAAGUCUCUAAAUAUUGUUUUAUGUUCAGUAAUUUGAAUCUUAUUAUGCCCAGAAAAACAAAGUUAUUAAAUAUUUACCCAAGUUUUGUCACAGAUACUGCCCUCUGAUAUGUAUCUGGCAUAUUAGAUUCCAAGCACUUUGUUUUAUAAUUUUGCAGGCAAAUGCAAGAAUGGAUAUAAGAUUGGAGUCCAUUUUUUAUAAAAUGUAUAUUCCAAAUCUCGGGAACUGGAUUGAGAUUUUGACAGUGAACAUUCUUGUUUGAAUGAUCAGGUGUGCUAUGUUACAAAUUUGCUACUGUCGAUUGCCAUCGAUGCAGUAAGAUCAGUUAUAAACUAAAUCACAACUGUGAAGCACGUUAAACUAUGUUAACUGUAAGUGCUCUGAAAAGUAGACUCUGAAAUAAGAGAAAAUAAUGCACAUUUGAAUUCUGCUUCAGCUGGUGUCUUAAAUUUGUUAGUUCUGACAAAUAUUUUCAUAUCAUUUAUAAGUACUCACCUAGGAAAUGUUUAAAAUCAGAGAUCCUGAAAGGAAUAGAUAUUGUUUGGUUUACAUUUGUCAUUUCCAGGUAAUCUAUGAUUGACUUUUACUAUCCAAGCUAUUAAAUAAGGCAAAUGUAAUUUUUUUUAAAGCCAUGGUUAAAUAGUUCUUGUUGCAGACUGCAUUGAAUUUGUACUAUAAAACCAGUGAAAAUGUGUAUAAUAAAGAUUUUGUUUUAAGAGGAAAUAAUUAACUAGACAAACUAUGCAACAAAGCUGCUGUCAUGUUAAAAUCAUUUAAAAUAGAUUAAUUUGUAUCUGGUACUGCAUGUCUACAUCUUGAUGUAGGAGUGGGCACUAGAUUAAAUAUGAUUGUCUUUCAGACAGAAAACACAUAAGGAAAUGCAUGAUUGGGCUGUUUAUUUAUUCUAUAGCUGCUGUCACAGUUGUGUCAAGAACAAAUGGGAGCAUUGAUUUCUAAAGUGAAUGGAUAGGUUAAUGGAUACCCAGUAGUUUCACACUGCCACUCUCACCCACUGGCAGACUUGUCUGGUUCUGAGGAGUGGAAGAUGUACAGAGGCAUUAGUUUGUUCAAUGUGCAAUGACCUCACACACAGUUUGCAUACACACAUGUGUGAUUUCCCUCUCUGACCAAUUCACUUUCACUGCAAAAAUAAACCAUUGAUUAGUUCAGAGAUAUAGCAUGGAAACUGGCCCUUCAGCCCGCUGAGUCCGCUCCGACCAGCGAUUCCGGCACAUUGACACUAUCCUACACACACACCAGGGAUAAUUUACAAAUUUACACUUAUUCCAGCCAAUUAACCUACAAAUCUGUACGUCUUUGGAGUGUGGUAGGAAUCCAAAGAUCCCAGAGAAAACCCCCGCGGUCACGGGGAGAACGUUCAACUCCGUCCAGACAGCACGUGUAGUCGGAAUCGAACUUGGGCCUCGGGCGCUGCAAGUGCUGUAAGGCAGCAACUCUACCGCUGCGCCACCGUGCCCUAUAAUGCAAGUCAUGGGGAGAACGUACAAGCUCCAUAUAGACAACACCCGUAGUCAGGAUCGAACCAUUGUCUCUGCUGCUAUAAGGCAGCAACUCUACCGCAGCACCACCGUGCCACCCAAAGUGCAUUGAUGCCAAUCUUCCCUCAUUACUGAUUACUUUGUCAGCUUCUGUUCACGUUCAGGCCUUGAAUGCCUAAUUGCAUCUAGGUAAUCAGCACUGGAUUCUGUUUGAAGUGCCAUCUGUUCAGAGUAUAGUACAAUUAUAAAUCCAUCUACUGUCCAUUAUAACAUUGGCUAUACAAUUCAGCAUUCUGAUUGCUAUUCUGACUACAAUUAAUAAGGAAGCAACUCAAACCGCGAAUGUAUGUUUCCUUGUUAAUACAUGUGGCACACUGUCCAUUAUCUAGUUUAGUUCAGAGAUGCAGCAUGGAAACUGGCCCUUUGGCACACUGACUGUGAGCAGACUAGCAAUCCCCCAAACACUAGCACUAUCCUACACACUAGGGAUAAUUUACAAUUCGUAGUGAAGCCAAAUUAAUCUGCAAACCUGUACGUCUUUGGAGUGUGAGAGGAAACUGGAGCACGCGGAGAAAACCCACAUUGGUAAUUGGGAGACAGACAGCACCCAUAGUCCGGAUCUAACCCGGGUCUCUGGUGCUGUAAGGUAGCAACGCCGACCCAGGAUCCUACACUGACAGACUGGCUGACUGGAUCUGUGAAACUCUGAGUAUACUGGAACUCUAGAUUUUCCUUUUAGUUAACACUCGCUAUAAAAGUCUUCCUUUAUUUUAUUUUGCAUAACACUUCACAUGUAUUCUGCAUUGGUCAACCUUAUGAGACAAUCUAACUCAUUGGAACCAUAUGUAAAAUAGUGAUUUCAUCAUGUUUCUCCGAGGAAGUACCUAUCUGUUAACUGUUGAAAGGUUUCGUAGCAUCAUUGCACAAUGUACUGACAACUGAAAAAAAAUACUGCACUGCAUGUGGAUUUUGCAUUCGCUUAGUGAAAAUAAAUCUAUUGAUUAUUGUUCUUCAGUGUUUUCAAUAAAUACUCAAAAGUACAA